AUUACUGGUACCGGAUAGCUUUCAAAAUGGUUAAUCAUCUAAAGAAACAACAAAAGUCGAAAGAAGCCUCUAAGAAAAUUGCGGAUGUGCCAGUAGUCCUCUUUAUAUCCUCUAAUGUUGAAGACAGGGGAAGAUCCCCAAUGAAGAAGUUGGAGACAUUUCAUUGCACUCUGGGCGAUCGCUUUGGGCGAGAUCGUGAGUUCUAUUCAACUACCAAAGAUGAGGAUGGUAUGACGCCGCUUCAUUACGCAGCACGGUUAUUGCCAACGGGUUCCAUUUCAUGGGUGGAACAUGAGGAGGAGCGGCAGAAAUGGAACUUGCUUCUAAAAGGCUUUAAUCAGGAUGACCUGAACGUGCAGGAUGAAGAUGGUCGUACCCCACUCUCUCAUGCGGCAGAGGUUGGAAGCGCAUGGGUUGUGGAUAAGCUGAUCAAGACUGGAGCUGAUCUCUACCAAUGCGACCAAAACGGACGAUCGCCCUUAUCUUGGGCAGCGCAAUCCGGAGAAAGAGAAUCGAUGGAGAUACUGAGUUGGAAUGCCGGUGUCUUUGAUGACAAGGACAACCGAGGCUGGACGCCCUGUCAUUAUUUUCUACAACGGGAGCCUGAGUCAGCUGAGGAUACGAUUUCAGGAUUCUUCCACUUAUCUGGGACAGAAGCCAUUCCCAAGAGGUCGGACACCUUGUCUGGCGCAAGCACGUCCUUGUUAUCUACGCCUACUGCUUGUGGCCUCACUUUGCUGUCGCGUGCUGUCCAGCUUGAUAGAAUUCUGAUCGUCGCAAUACUCCUCACCAUCGAGGAUAUCGACAUAGGCGUGCCAGACGGGGAUGGUAAAACGCCACUCUGGAGAGCGAUAGAAGCCGGAAAUCGCGAAAUCACCGAGUUACUAUGGAAUUAUGAUGAUGUGACUUUGAGGCUACUAGCAACGAGUGCUCAAGCCCGAUCUGACCUGCUAGAAUGGGUUGUAAACAACAGGUAUCCAUUCACCAGACGGCAUGGUCCAGAUAACCAGACAGCGUUUCAUAUAAUGCUUGACAUCCCUAAUAUUGGCGUUAUGGAGCAUCACCUCAUACAAUUCAUAAUUGCCCAAGUACCCAAUUUGCCCACGGACACCGUUGAAGGCCCAACAUACGUGAGUUCAGAAUUUCGAGAGGGAACCGACAGGCGUGGCUUAACCCCCCUCGCCUUGGCAAAAGAGAAACGACUGCUACCUAUCGUGAAGCUUUUUCUUCGAUGGCGUGCCGGAAUUGAUUGGUUGUGGGAAUUGCUUGAUUGUAUUCUGCGCUGGUGGUCAAAUGCUCUGACUUAA